UUCUCGAGCAAUAUCAUGUAAAAAUGGUCUUGCCAAACAACUUAUGGUGGAUCAUGAAACUGGUUGAGAGUAGAGGAGGUUUUGUGUCUAUGAGACCACUUAAUGAUGAAAUAAAUUCGACAAAUCAAAGUUUUAAUUUAAGCGAAAGAUUUUAAUCAACCAAAACACAAUUAAUCUAAUCAAUGUAGAACACACUUUUUUCCACCGCAUGGAUUAAAAAUUUAAUACUACCAUGACAUUCAGUAAAACCCCAAUAAUUACACCAAAUAAUGAUUCCACAUAUAAAUAUACUAUUUCCAAAACGCUUAAAACGAACAAAAACAACUGAAAAAGCUAAACGCGAAAAUGAACAAAAGCCAUUCUCAACAAAGCGAUUCCGAGAAGUUACAGUUUUCAGGAUUCAUAUCACCAACCUUUAGUAACGUAAACAGUUUAACAUAUCAGAAACCCUCAGAAGGCAUACCUUUAUACUCCUUCAAUGUUGACCGGAGACGGUUAGGAAUACCUUCUGCAGCAUCCGAUUGGAUCGGUGAGAAAUCGGAAUCGGAAUUUGAAUCUAAAUUUGAAUCGGAAUUUGAAUCUAAAUUUGAAUCGGAAUUUGAAACUGAAUUUGAAUCGGAAUUUGGAUCUUUUGGUCGAACGUCGAUUCCUAAUUCUGGUUGGAGGCCACGUGGCGUGUUAGUUCAACACCUCGAAGAGCACCGUUCAACAGUGAACGAGAUAGCAGUUUCUUCCGAUAACAGUUUUUUCGCGACUGCGUCUGAUGAUUCUACAGUCAAAAUUUGGGAUUCGAAAAAGCUUGAAAAAGAGAUUUUAUUAAAAUCGAAACUAACUUAUCACGUUGAAGGAAACCGUGCGUUAUGUGUAGCAAUAGUUCAAAAUUCAUCACAAGUUGUAGUUGGAUCAUGUAAUGGAUUUAUUCAUAUGUUUUCUGUUGAUAACUAUUCUGGUAAUGAAUUGAAAUGUAAUACCAAAGAAGGUGCUGUAAUUAAUCUUUUAAAUUGUCAUGUGGAUAAUCAUAGCAUUAUGUAUAGCACACAAAAUUGUGGUAUUCAUUUAUGGGAUAUUAGGUCAAAUUCUAAUAAUUGGAGUUUGAAAUCUAAUCUUGAUGAGGGUUACAUUUUGUCUCUAGCAUCAGGAACUUGUUCUAAUUGGUUUGUUUCAGGGUCUUCUAGAGGUGUAAUUACACUUUGGGAUUUGAGAUUUCUUUUACCUGUGAAUUCUUGGAAGUAUUUUCAUGAAUGUCCAAUUGAAAAGAUUUGUCACUUUAUUCCAUCAAUAAAUGCUUCUUUGACUUCAACUACUAAGCCUCUUGUUUAUGUUGCUGCUGGUUGCAAUGAAGUUUCUCUUUGGAAUGCAGAGAAUGGUACUUGUCAUCAGGUACUUAGGACCUUCAAUUAUGAAGGUGAUGCAGAAAUGUCUCAUACGGCAUUGGCCGAAUCUUCGAGUAAGGCGAAUUCUCAAUCAGAUGAAAGACGAAAGAUUAAUCGCAAGUAUAGAGUUGAUGAGCUAAAUGAACCUCCUCGUCAUUAUCGUCUUCCUGGUAUUCGGACGUUGCUUUCGUUACCAGGAGGUGAUUUAUUGACUGGAGGCACUGAUUUAAAGAUACGUCGUUGGGAUCAUUACAGUCCUGAGAGAAGUUACUGUGUUUGUGGACCAAAUUUAAAAGGUGUUGGAAAUGAUUUUUUUUACAAAACAGAAUCUAGUUCUGGAGUGGAAGUUGUACAGGAGACAAAAAGACAUCCUUUUGCAACCAAGUUGACACAAAAGGCAAUUCUUGCAGCUGCUGCAACUGAUUCUGGCGGUUGCCAUCGUGAUUCUAUUGUUUCUUUGGCUUCGGUUAAGUUAAACCAGAGACUUCUACUUUCAAGUGGUAGAGAUGGGGCCAUUAAGGUUUGGAAGUAAACUAAAGUUCAUCUUAGCAUUGUUGUACAUAAUUAGCAAAUUGUGGUAGCUAGAAUUGUACAUAAAGUAAGUUAUAGGAACUAAUAACCAAAUCUUUGGUUUAUACUUGAUUUGUACAGAAGAUAUUAUUAAUAGAGAAUUAGAUAAAUUUGUUGAGCUUCGAGUGUUACAA